AUGUCAUUCGCAGACGCAGUGGAUCUGCCAGAAUUCAAAUCAUGGUUAGUGACAACUAUAGAGCCAUUGUGCGAUGCCGAUCCUGUCGUCAUGUCCGACUACAUUGUCGCAUUGCUUAAACACGAUGCUGUCAUGGCAGAAGAUGAGUGGAAAGUUUUCAUCUCUCGAGAAUUAGCGGAUUUCUUGGAAGACAGUGCAAAACCAUUCGUCGAUACAUUGUUCCAGACGCUAGCAACAAAAUCAUAUCUUCCUACUCCCGCUCCUAUAUCUCCCCCAAAAGCUCCCGCCAUCGUCUCGUCAUAUCGACCAGCGUCUAUAUCUACAGCGUUUUCAACACCUAUCGCCGGUCCAUCGACAAUUCGACAAGAUCAGAAUCGUCAAGUUCGUGUUAUUGAUAAAGACGUGGAAAUGGGCGAAAGCGCCCAGAUAAUCCCAAGCAAUGGUCAACCUGGACCGGCAAGGAGAAAGAAAUGUUUCGAUUAUCACGAACGAGGGUUUUGUAUGCGCGGAACGAAUUGCCCAUAUGAACACUCAGACGAUGUGAUUAUACCCACACCGGAAAUGAUGUUUGGCGGCCAAUUCCCCUCUCCUUUUAUGGGUCAACCAGGUGGUGGAAGAGGGAUGGGCAGAGGUCGAGGAAGAGGUAGGGGAAUGUCGGGACUUAAUCAAAAUGGGAAUGCACAUCCUAUGGGAGGUGGAUCCGGUUCGUUUCCCCAACAGAUGCCUUACCCGUUCCCCUUUCCGUUCCAACAAAUGCCCGGUCAAUCAAAUCAUAAGAACGAGAUACCAAGCGAGUAUCUGGGGUCCAACAGACCACCUGCGCAAAGAGAUACCACAUCUUUGGUCAUUACCGAUAUUCCCCAAGCUCACCUCAGUGUUCAAGCAAUUCGUGACUACUUUCAACAAUUUGGAGAUGUCACCAACGUAGCUGUUGAAGGGAAAUCAAAGAGAGCUUUAAUAAGUUUUGAGACCAAUCAACAAGCCUUCCAAGCUUGGAAAUCAGACGACGCCGUUUUCGGUUCAAGGCACGUCAAAGUCCUCUGGCACAGACCAAGGCCAGGUCAAGGUGGAGCAGGACAAGAAGCUCUGGAGAAAAGCGCAGAUCUAUUGGCGAAUAUGAGAAAGUUGGAAAGUGGAGAAGGGCUACAAGGAAAUGUAAAAGCGAAACUCUCUGGACCAGAAAGUCGAUUAAAAGCUACUUUGGCAGAAUUGGAAGUCACAGAAAAAAGAGCAAAGAAGGAGACUUUGAUGGCAGAGCAGAAGGUCUUAUUAAACAAGGCUCAAGGUGCUAGUAAAGAAGAGAAAGUGCAGAUAUUGGGCAGAUUGAAAGAGUUGAGCAAAGAAAUGGAAGGAAUAAACAACCCUCCGAAAACCGAUCCCAUGGAUUUAGAACUCAGCGAGAAAGAGAGGCUGGAUAGAGAAUUAGCAAAGCACGGCAUGGAAACUACCGAAGGGAAAGAUCAAGCGGAGUUAUUGAAACUAAGCGCUCAACUCUCAGCUUUGAGGGACAAGGCCGACACAUUAGGUAUCAACCCCUCGGCACGUUUUUCGCCUUAUUCCCGUGGAGGAUCGAGGGGCAGAGGGUAUACUUCUCGUGCAAGAGGCAGAGGACGGGGAGGUCCAUCUCGUCCUAUGCGUCUUGACAACCGAUCUCGCACGAUAACCAUAUCCGGCGAUGGUGUCAACUCUGACGAGGGAAAGAAAGCUGCUCAAGAAUGGUAUGAAUCCCAAGGGGGUGUCACUGAGUUUGUGGAGGGUGGUAUGAAGAUCACUUACCCAGCUAGGGAUAUGGCUGAAAAGGUUCUUGCAUUGGGCACAAAGGACAUAUCAGGAUUAUCGGGCGGAAUCCAGAUCAACUGGUAUAAUCCUCCUGCAGAAAGCCAUGCACCUGAAGUGGAGAUGGCAGAUGAAGAGCCAAUAAGAGGGGACAGAUAUGAAGAGGAAUAA